UCCAUUUAUUCAAUAGCCAUUCUAUUCCCUGUGUUAAACUUCGAACUGGCCAAGACUCAUCCCGUUUUCAUCCUAUCUAAUGCUUGUACCGCUUCUUAAACAUGAAUACUAAGUGAAAAACACAGGCUGGCUCAUAUCAGAAACCUCGCCAAAAUACAUGUCAACUUUUGAUUUAAACAAAGAGAUCGUUCAAAAGGCGGAGAAAUACGGUUUCGACUUCGCCCUUUCCAUGACCAAAGUGUGAGGCUAUGGAGGCGUGACACAACAUUGGGAUUAUAAUCUAGAAUCCUUUAUGUUGAUGGCCGGUCUCGCUGCAGUCACAAAGAAAAUCAAAUUAUUUGCGUCAACCCCCGUUCUGUGGUUACCCCCUGCGGUUAUAGCGCUGAUGGGAGUAACGAUUGAUUCGAUUGCUCCGGGACGAUUUGGUAUCAACAUUGUGACGGUUGACAGGCCGCAGAGUAUGACCAAAUUGGCAUGUGGCCUGGAAAUGAUUAUUUUGGAUAUCGUUACGAGUGCGCAACGGAGUACGUGCAGGUGAUGAAGGAUUUAUGGACAAAAGGUCGAUCAGAUUUCAAGGGGAAGCAUUUCACCAUGGAAGAUUGCGGAUUAUUGCCACUGCCUUCCUCUGACAUCAAGCUUAUUGCUGCGGGCCAGAGCGGCCAGCUACGUACGGCGUUUGCUGCCAAAUAUUGCGACUACAACUUUACCAGCGGAUCCGGGGUGAAUCAGCCAACUGCUUUCAAAGAAGCAAAUUCGAGGUUGGUAGAAGCAUCUACAAUCGAGGGCCGUAAUGUUAGUGUACUCGUAUCCAUUCACGGUCAUUGCCGACGAAACGGAUGAAGCUGCACAUGCCAAAUUUGAGCAGUACAACCAAUGUGGAGGCUCUAGCAUUGAUGAAAAACCACAGCGGCAAGGACGAAAAGGCUGGUAAAUUCCCCAUUGCUCAGAGAAUGGCCAACAUGGCGCCAAAGUGCAAUUCCAACAUGAGCACAUUGAUCGGGUCGUGUGCAAGUGUGGCUGCCAUGCGGCAAAAGAGCCGAUUAAGGGGGUUAUGCUUACAUUUGACGAUUUUGUUAAGGGCGUUGAGGUCUUCGGGACGAAGAUC